AUGGGUCAACAAGGUCCAGAUGCUGAAUAUUUCGAAUUGUUAAAUCAUACAACAAAUUCACAAAUUUCUAAUUUAUUUACAUCUAAACCUAAAAAUAUUAAAUCUUUACAUCUUAUCAGUCGUUUCACUUUAGAUCGUGAACGUAAAUCCGAGUAUCGAUUAAUUCUCUUAGCUUAUGAUCAAUCUGAACAAUUAAAAAUACGUCAUACAGCUCAAUUACCAAUAAGUAUUUCCAUUAAAGAAGUCAAUGAAUAUGCACCACAAUUUGAUUACGGCAUUAAUGUGACUCAUCAACAAGGUGGCCAUAUUGUUCAACAACAAUUAUUGAGUAAUGAUCAUAAAUUCAUUGGAUAUCCUGAUCGAUUUCAUACAAAAGUACGCAUUAAAUCAUUUUCUUAUGAUUCUAAAUCGAAUUUUAAUGAACAACCCAGUCAAAAUCGAAUUCAUGAUAAUAAUCCUAUACAAUUAUCAGAUUCUAAUAAUUUAAUACUUGGAUUACCAGAAGAUAUGAACGUGGGAAGUCGAAUCUAUCGUGUCCAAGCGAUUGAUUAUGACUCACUGGAUUUUUCAAAUAUUAUGAAUCAUAAUCUCUAUCAAUCAUAUCAAUCAAUACAUUCUAAAAUUACUGUACAUUAUUUUAUUGCACAAGAAACUGAUCUUCGUGUAAAACAUUAUUUUCGUUUAGGUAAAGAAGAUGGUUGGAUCACAUUAAUACAACGAUUAGAUUAUGAAUCUGGUCCACGUCAUUAUAUAUUGCCUAUUGUUGCAAUCGAUUUUGGACGUCCACAGUUGAGUAGUACAUUAACACUUAGCUUACAAGUGUUAGAUGUAAAUGAUGAAGCCCCAAGUAUUACAAUACGUGGUAUUGAACUGACUAAUAGUAAUAAUAAUAAUAAUAACAAUUAUCAACAUAUUAUUGGCCAUUCAACAAUGGAUAGUUUUAAUCCUAAUCGUUUUCAUGUAUUAGCUGUAAGAGAAAAUUCUCCAAUUGGUACUUUUAUUGCAAAAGUAUCCGCUAAAGAUCGAGAUACAGGAACUUCAGGUGAAGUAGAAUGCUACCUAAGUGAAACAGAUAACUUUGGUCGGAAGAUUCAUGAAUCAGGUAGUUCAUUUGGAUCAGAUUAUUCAAAAGGCCUUCACAAUUUCGCGUUACAUCCAGUUGAAGAUGAUUCAAUCCAUUCAGCUACCAUUUCAGACAACAUUGAAUCAACCCAAUCGUCCAGUUAUGUGCAACAUUCACAAUCAAAUGUAUUAGGACGUCAUGAUACUGAGUAUAUAUUAAUGACAAAGGCAAUUUUAAAUAGAGAAGUUAAAAAUUCCUAUUUUAUCUACCUUACAUGUCAUGAUAAUGUUGAAAAAAAGCCAUACUCAAAUUAUCCUUUACAAAUCAAUCAUAAUAUACCUUCAUCCGUUUUAUCAAAACGUCUCUCCUCAACAAAAUUACUAAAAAUCAAUAUUUUAGACGAGAACGACAAUGGACCACAAUUUGAUCGUUUACGUUAUGAAGUGAAAAUUUUCGAAAAUUCCAUUGAAAAUACUGAAUUAAUUAAACUGAAUGCUAUUGAUGAAGAUGAAGAAAGUCAAACUGUUUAUCGAUUUGCUCAAAUGAAUGAUUCAUUUAUACAAAAUGAUACAAAUUUAAAUUUAAGCCUAAUCUAUACACAUUUUAAAAUUGAUUCAAAGUUUGGUUUAAUUAAAACAACUAAUGUACCGUUAGAUAGAGAAAUUAAAGAUUCAAUAGUAAUACCAGUGAUAGCUUAUGAUAAUGAAUUUCCUAGUAGAACAUCCCAUGCAUGGAUACAUGUACAAAUAGAAGAUGUAAAUGAUAAUAUUCCAAAAUUAAUAGGGAAUACAACAUUUUGGAUAGAUGAAGAAGUUACAGUUAUGGAUUAUUUAGUGAAUGGUGUUAACCAUGGUAGUAGUAGUAGUAGUAGUAGUAGUAGUGGUAGUAGUAUUAGUAGUACAACCACUACUAAUAUAAGUACAAAACCAUAUCAUUCAACAAAUCAUCAUAUAUUUAUUGGACGUUUACAUGGGGAAGAUGAUGAUAUUGGCGAGAAUGGGAAAUUCCUCUUUAAAUUAGCCUAUGAAAAUCAAUACAACGCCAAUACUCCAAAAUGGUUUUUACGUACAGAUGGCAAUUUUUUUGUUCAAUCAACUGGAGGAAUUCAAUCAAAUCAUGGAUAUAAUUAUGAUAAUUAUUUAGAUCGUGAAAAAAGACCAUUUUAUGAAAUACCAAUUAUUAUUAGUGAUUUAGGCAAAAUGCCUACUUCUUUAUCAUCCACUGCUACAAUUACUGUUAGUUUAAGAGAUGUGAAUGAUAAUUCACCGAAAUUUUUAAAACCUACUUUGGAUUAUUUAAAUUCAAACAUAAGUCAUAUUCUUACUGGUAAUGAUAAGCUACAAUCAAUGCCAAAUCAUUCCAAAUUGAAUAUGUUCAAUGUACCUAGUGAACGAAUUAAUCUCUUCAAUAUGGAGAAUACAAAUCCUGGGACAUUGAUUUAUACAGUACAUGCUGUCGACUUAGAUGAUGGUGAGAAUGGUAAAAUUAUUUAUAAACUGGAAGCUUAUGAAGGAUAUUGGCAGCUGGCGUAUAAUUCAUAUCAGUUAUCAAAUAACAUGAAUCAGAGUAAUCAGUCUUUAGAUAGUUAUUUUAUUAUUGAUCAAAUGUCUGGAGAAAUACGAAUUAAUAAAUUAAUCACUGUUGAUCAUUUACAAUCAGUACCGAAAAGUUUAAUGAUUAUUGCCGAGGAUUGUGGUAUACCAUCAAGAAAGAAUUAUGCACUUUUAUAUAUUGAUUUUAUGAAUGAAGAGGAAAGUAGACAAACAGUUAGCCAGAAUUUUGAUCUGUAUGAUAGUUCAAUAGUGAAGAACAACAGAAACAUGAAGACUAGUUUAAAUUCUAUUGAUCGGCCAAUUAAUUCAACUGACUUCAAUCAGAAAAAUCAAUAUGCAGAAUUGUAUUCAAACAAUCCUAUCAAAACCAAUAGUGGUAAUAAUAAUAAUAACAAUAAUCCACAAUCAAAAUUAUUGAACAUUGAUCGGAGAAAACCGGGUCAACAUUCAAAUUCAUUAUUAUCCACUUCUCGAAUGAAGCAUACUCAGCCAACCAAUACGAAACUAUCAUUGUCAUCGUUUCAAUCACAGAAUCGUCUCAAUACUGAUAAUAAUAACAACUUGGAGAAAUUAAUGUCAGCUUAUCAAACUCCAGUCGAUACUGAUCAAAUGGAUAUGACUAAUUCAUAUCAAACUAGUACUGAAUUGAUUACUGGUUUAGGUAUUGGAUUAGUGAUUAUCAUUUUAGUUUGUUUAUUAUUGUUGAUUACUUAUGCUUUACAUGGUACACAAACUAUUCGACUAGGCAGAAAUGGAACAACUAUCAUUGAUCGUCAUAAAUUUCAUAAUAACACUUUGAAACAACAACAUCAACAUAAAACUGUGAUAAAUAACAACAACAACAACAUUAACAAUCAUAAAAUAAACAAUCAAAUUAACGGAAAAAACACUGAUCACAUCAAUCGAUUAAAACAAUUCUAUCAUGUUAUACGAUUGGCUAUCAAGCCUAAUCGUUCAUUGAAUAAUCAAUCAAUGUCGAAAAGUAUUGAAACUGUGAACUCAUCGAAAUCGUACACAUUAAAUCAAGAUAAAAAUAAAUCAUACAAUCAUAUACUCGAUAUGAAAAUGGAUAUACCACCAUUAUCUAGUGAUUGGGAAAGUGUUCAUAGUGAAUUCCCACCAACAAAUCCAAUGCAUAAACAAAUUAUUAAUAAUAAUAGUCAAAAGUUUAAUUAUGCUAAUAAAAAUUCAUUCAAUCAUCAAUGUAUGUAUCCACAAAUUAACACAUUUAUACCUGUAAUAAAUUCUGUUGAAAUGAAUACAAUGUCUAAACAAGAUAAUUGUGACAUGACUAAUACAAUUAAUCACAAACCGAAUCCAAUUUUACAAACAAAUAUAUCACAAAAUGAGUCACAAACAGAAUUUCAUAACGAUAAUCAUGAAUCCAACAUGAAUUGUUAUCCACGUAUUUAUACUGUAUGUACAAAUGGUAUUCAACCACAACCAGAUUAUAUGACAUUAAAUCUAUCAUCAGAUAAUCAUAGUCAUUAUGUGAUGAAACAUUUGAUAUCGAAAAAUAAUUGUCAUUUCUUGACAAAUCAUAUAGGUUGUCAGAAAUCUUCAAUGACAAUGCCAAAAAUCUCAUUUCCCCCUAUUGAUGAUACUUACGCGCAUCAACAUCAUCAUGAGUUGUUGAUGAAUACAUCAACUGGAUCACAUCCUCAUUCUGUUCUUCUUAAUACUACUACUACACUUCCUCUUCCUCAUCCUCCACCGUCUUCUUCAUCAUCUCCUGUUUCGACUUCUAUGCAUUAUUGUACUUCGCCAACAUUACAGUAUUGUCGAAUAUCAUCAACAAUGAAUAACAAUCAUAAUAAUACUACUACUACUAAUAAUAAUAGUAAUCCAUCGAAAUUAUUAUUAAAAAAUUGUACAAAUGAACAAAAUUUAAUCAAUUUACCAAUGGAUAAAAAUCAAAUCAAUUUAGCUAAAAGUACAGGACAAAUAGAUAAGAUAAUUAAUGAUAUAAAUCAACAAAAUAAUCAUAAUAAUAAUGAUAAUGAUUAUAUUGUUGAGGAUUGUUUCAAAGCGAAUUCUUUGAAAUCGGGUAGUUUUGUAUGA